CAGUAUGGUCAGUUUGAAAUCAGUUCUGGCUUUAGCGGCCCUCGUAUGCAUUUGCAACGCUGACCAAUCUGCUGUGGAGGUAGUACAGGAUAUAUUCUAUGGUUGUGUUCAAGAUUUAUCCGUUAGUUGUGUCAAACCGAAGUCCUUGAGAUGGAUUGACGAGGUAUCUGACAAACCAGUCAUCAAGAUCACUGAAGAUCUUGUAAUUGUGAAGAAGGAUGCACCAGAACCUGAACAACAGAGAGGAAUGUCUGACGAUAUCCUUGACAAAUUUGAGGACUUCAUCCAAUCUCACGAAUUGGUAGCCAGAGUACCUCAAAUCCUCCGCAACGAUGGACCAUUAGGAUCUUUGCUACCAAGAAGUUUCCAAGCUGAAGACCUUAAAGUUCCCCUUGCUGUCACUGGUCGUUCUAAAUUGGUGAAAAAGGUCAUCGUUCCUUUCUUGUUGGGUUUGAAAUUCAAAACAGCUGUUUUGGUACCUCUGGCUUUGGCAUUGAUUGCUCUCAAAACGUGGAAGGCUCUCACUUUGGGUCUCCUCUCUAUGGUCCUAACUGGAGCUUUACUCAUCUUCAAGUUCACCAAACCAAAAGUUGUCAACUAUGAAGUCAUCCACUACCCCCACCAUCACCAUGAUCACCAUAUUGAACACAUUCCACAAACUGGGUGGGCUGAACCACCAACAUAUGGAAGACAAUUUUCUGCUCAAGAAAUGGCUUAUAAUUUAUCGGCUAUUCGCACAGUCAAAAUCAUGAGGUACUUUGGUGCGUUCGUUGUUCUCGUAGCUGUCGUAGCAGCAGCAAAGGCUUCACCGGCUAAGCAGCAGCAAUGGGAAGAUCUGUUUCCUCAAAUCAACAUGGAGGAGAUGAGAAGCAUGUGCGAUGGAGACGAUCCCAUAUCCUGCCUGAAGCUGAAGGCUAUUUCUUUCCUGAACAACAUCUUCCAACUGGAUAACUACAAGCUUUCAGACAGCGUCGAAAUCAACAAAAACAGCUACAGGUCCAACGACAUCUCCGCAAGAAGCGAAGCCUCCGUUGGCGAUAAGAUCGAGAACUACAUCAAAAGCCACGACGUCACUUUCAAAUUCCCCGCCCUUGACUCAGAGGUAACCGUAGAUGCCAGGAAUUUGGACAGCGACUCCUUAGACGUAAAGCUGAGGUUCAACUCUGGCACCGAAGUCGUGGAAGCAAGGAAGUCCAAGCUGAAGAAGAUUCUGUUCCCAAUUUUGACCUUCGUUCUCCUCAAGGCCAUCACUCUGGUGCCUCUUGCUCUUGGAGUGCUUGGAUUGAAGGCCUGGAACGCCCUUCAACUGUCUUUCUUCUCUUUCAUUGUCUCCGUCGGGUUGGCAGUGUUUCAACUCUGUAAGAAAAUAGCCGCUGAUAAUGCACCACCUCAGAUUGCUGCUCAUGCACCAUGGGAACCAACUUCCUACGCUGCCAGGUCUUUCAACGAAGACGCUCAGAAUAUUGCUUAUUCUGCCUAUGUACAGUAA